CGCCAUGUACAGCGGGGUGGGGGCAGAGCGGGGCAGAGCCGACAGACAGAGAGUGAGAGCUCCUUUGCCAAAGCCGCAGCGCAAAACACGUGUUACAGAUCUUUUAUGUUAUUAUGAGAAGUGUAAGAUUUUUUUCAGUUCACUCUGAGACUGUGGCGGAAUAAAUUAGACCAUAGCGGGCCGCCAGAGUCUAAGUAAUUAAUGGGAAACACUGACUUUGGCACAAGAGACAGCUUCUCCAGAAAGCAGCAGGACAGGUAGUUCAUGUAGGGACAGCAGGGGAGACAGCCUCUCCUGAGGGAGGGACAGCAGGUGCAGGCAAACACCGGAAAUCAGGGUGGAAUCCUGAAUGGCUGCAAUUGCCCCAGUUUAAACACUGGCUUUAUGUUACUCCACAUGGGAUGUUCUGUCAUGUUUGCCGGCAGCACAGGCCUGCUGUGAAAAAUGGUCCUAAACUGAGACCAUUUGUGGAGGUUGGGGCUGUCCAUUACAGAAAGGAUUAUCUCGAGCACCACAUCAAUACUGAGCACCACCAACACAGCAUUAAAUGCCACAACUCGAUUGUAUCAGGAUACUCUGUCAUGCAUGCCUUCGAGCCUAUCAUCAUUAUGGAGCACGAAGCUGUAAUUGGGGGGUUCAAGUGCCUGUAUUGGUUGGUCAAAAAUGAAAUAGCCCACCACACCAACUAUGGCAAGCUGCUAAGCUUGGCCCAGCUCCUGGGCUGUGACUACUUCCUCAAGCUUAAAAUUGAUCGCAGAAAUAACUACCGCUCUCAUCGCAUAAUUGAUGAGAUGCUAGAAAUUGUUUCCACGGUCAUCGAGGAGCCUCUCAUGGAGCAGAUGAGAGCAUCCCAAGCAAUCAGCCUUGAGCUUGAUGAAAGCACAGAUGUUUCCCUGAUUCGUCAGCUUGAUCUGCACAUCAGAUACCUGGAUAAAGAGGGACUGGUUUUUAACCAGUUCCUCGACAUCGUGACAGUCUGUGAUGGCAAGGCUGAUACCAUUGUCACUGCUGUGAAAGCUGUCCUGCAGAACAAGCAGGUGCCAACAGAGAAACUCUGCGGGCUUAGCACUGAUGGGGCAGCAGUUAUGACAGGGCGUGUAAAUGGGGUUGCUAAGCAGCUGACCGACAGCUUCCCCAUGAUCGUUGCUGUGGCCUGUGCUGCCCACCGCCUUGCCCUGGCCUGUAAGGACGCAUCAAAUGAUGUAAAAUACAUGGGGACCUUCCGGGACCACCUGCAGGAACUACACUUGUUUUUUCAUCACAGUGCAAAUCGGACAGCAGCACUUAAGGCAGCAGCUACCACCCUGGGACUGUCUGACUUGAAGAUAAAGGAGGUGAAAGACACACGGUGGCUAUCUCAGCACCUGGCCAUUGAGGUACUCCAAACAAAUCUCAAAGCUGUGCUUGCCACAUUGGCAGAGGAGGCAGAGAUUAAACGAUGCCCAAUUGCCAAGGGCCUGUACACCUUUUGUGCGACCUACAGGUUUGUGGCAUCGGUGUACCUCCAGGCUGACAUAUUGCCACAUCUUGCAAGGCUUUCAAAAGUCUUCCAACAGGCAAAUGUCAACUUCCUUCACAUCAAGGAGCAGGUUCCCAUAACAAUUGAGACCCUCAGACGCAUCAAGGAUGCAGGUGAGACUCCGCUCCCUGGGUCCUUCCUGUCCCGUCUCCACCAAGACCUUGAUGACCCCCUGGCACUUGGAGCCUUCAUGAUCCAUCAUGAGGAGGAGAGGAACAGGAGAGGACACGGUGUUGAGGACUUGCCACGGGAGGAGCAUUGGACAAAAUUUGUGAAAGAGGUUGCCAGUCCUUACAUCAGUGGCCUGCUACACCACCUAGAAAGGAGAUUCCAGAAUCUCCAUAUCAUUGGGGCCUUCAGCAUUUUCGGACCACAGGCAGCUGCCCUAGCUGAUGAAGAGCAAAACAACCACCUUCAGACCCUGGCAAAAAGGUUUCUUCCUGGAAAGGAGACCUUGAUAUUCCAGGAGUGGCAGUCCUUCAAAGAACACAUGCGUGGAGGAGGGGCAUUCAAGGACAAGAACCAGGCUGAGAUAAUGACUCUGCUAGCCAGUGAGUGCGAUGAAUGGGGACAGAUAUACCCAUUACUCAGCCGAUUGGCAGCAAUUGCACUUGUCAUUCCGGUGUCAAGUGUCAACUGUGAGAGAGACUUCUCCACAAUGAACAGGGUCAAAUCAGACCUUCGCAACAGGCUGCAAGAAGAGCACCUGGCUGCCUGCCUGAGGGUCUCCAUCAAUGGGCCGUGUCCAGAGGAAUUUAAUUACCAAAGAGCAUUAGAACUGUUUUUUUCAAAACCCAGGAAAAUUCAAUGUCCAAAUUCGGGGUGCAAAGUUUGCAAAUAGGAGUGUUGUGUAUGUGUAUGUAUGUAUGUGUCUUUUGGAUGUCUUCUUUCAACUAGUCUGAAAGAAGACAUGUUAUGGAAGCAAAAAAGCCCAAAAUGUUUUUGCCUGCCAAAAUGUUGAUGUACCCUCCGAAUCCAUUUUAUUUUUCAUUACAAUUUAGCUUACAGUUUAAUUAUUUUUUAUUUUAUUUGGUAAAGAUAAACACUUUUGCUUUAUUUCUUUGAUGGCUCAGAUGUAUGCUAUAUUUGAUUUUGUGUUUUCACCAUUAGUGUCUAUAUAACCGAUAUGUUUGUGAUUAAAGCACACAGUUCCUCAUA